AUAUACCAAAUAAAGUAUACGCAAGAUGUUGUGUUAGUUAUGCCUUUUGCAAUGCAUCACAAUUGAUCUCCAUUUAUUAUCAACUUGCAUCCGAAAAUAACAGUCCAGGAGUUGAUGAAUUCGGAUUGAAAAUUUGAGUUUAUGUAAUAUCUUGGGAGACAAGUGAUUCGAGGAAAAGGUGAAGAGUAUUUAAAAUCGGAAGCAAGAGAUGGUGAUAAUUAUCGGUUUUAGGAUUAGGAAAUGAUAUUCGUUGGGGAAUUAGUGUUGAGUGUUGGGUUGAUGUGCAAUUGGCGAAAGUACAACUAGGGAAAAGUUGAAGCUAGAAUGUCAUAAUAUAUUUAUAGAAAGGAGACAGAUUCAGAGUGAAAAUCAUGGUUAACGAGAGGAUCUCCCAGUCUGAUGAUGGUCUCCCAGAGAUUUCCAACCCCUCGAUACACCUCUCGGAAACUGAAAUGAUUCACGUGAAAGAGGAAUCAUUCAACCUCUUCCACAAGGAGGAUGAAAUUUCCCCAGUUAUCUUCCAGAAUAACAACAUGAAGAAGGAACUCGAGGAGUACUCUCCAGAUCUCGGCCUCCUGGACACCGAGGAUAAUGAAUCGGAUGAGGAGACAAUAGCUACAUUUAUCACAGCAGCUGGUCAACAGCUGGCCCUCUACGCCGUCGAGGAUUCAGAAGAAGUAUUUGCUGUUGCUGUUUACGACGAGUCUGGAGAGCCACCCUCGGAUUUUCAAUUCCUCAUGAAAGAGGACGUUGAGAAAUUGAUAGGCGAGGGAGCUGUAAGAACGGUUAAAAAGACACCUCAGUUCAAAAAACAAAUUUACUCGAUGGAAAAUAUCGAGUCAAUAGUACCAGAGCCGAUAGAACCCCCAGAGCCCCUGGAAGAGACACCACAAAUUCACCAGAAGGAAAUAAUCCAGGAAUUCAAUUCUACCCACGUGAAAGAGGAAAAUUCAUUCGCAGACGAAGAUGUUAAUCUGACUGAGCCUCUGACAAAACCAGUUCUAAAUUUUGAGGAGAAUGUUGUGAAUCCUGAGUUGUACGAGCACUGGCCCUCGGAAAAUGUUUUCCUCGUGGUGCAGGAGAGCCCAAGCAUCGAGAGACCUGAGGAGACAGUGAGGAAAGCCCCAGUGAAGGAGGAAAUCAACACCAAAGUUAUGGAGGAGUCAGUGCAAUAUAUUCUCUCGGAUGAGCCCCCACCGGACCCUUCAGAUCUCACCCUGGCCGACAUCGAGAAGAUUCUCGAACGAGACAUCCCUAGGAGUAAAGCUGCGUCCAGAGAGGUCAAGGCAGAGAUGUACUCCAGAGUGGACAUGGACUCCUCCUACGAGACUCUUGAGGAUAUCAAUGUCGAGGACCACGAGAGUUUCCCCCAGGAGGUUAUAUUUAAUACACAGACAUCACCGGAGGUUCUCAGGAUAAAACGACCCAGGAAGCAACAAUUAACGGCAGUUAAUCGCGCUGAUUCCGAAAUAAUAAUUCAACCAGCGAUAAUGGCAGAGGUUGAUGACGAUAAUGUAUAUGGGAAUGGCUGGAGGGUGCAGCCGAAGAAGAGGGGACGACGCAAGAAGAAUGAGACCAUGAAGAAGACCAAGUACAUGAAGACUAGGAGGAAGAAUAAACCGAGAAAAAAGAAGAAGAAUAGAAUUGAAGUUAUUGAUAUCGACGUGGAGGAUGUUAACAGGGAGAUUAUAACUCUAGAGGAUGGCAAGGAGAAGGGCUCUAGUGAUAAGGAGAAUGAUGUGAUCAUGGUUGGGGAUUCCGAUGACGAUGACGAGGACAAGGAUGACGACGUGGAGCCCGAUGACAGCGAUGACAGUGAUUACGACGAUGGGGCUGAGAGAAGGAGGAGUAGACGACUCGAGGUUUUCAAAUGUCAGGGAUGCAGGAGGGAGUUCAGGGGUAAGAGGGCACUGGAGACUCAUGCCAGGGUUUGCUCUAAGGGUAAACCAUCGGAGAGGAUGUCAGAGAGGACUAGGACUGAAACCAGGAGGAGUGGACCUAUGAGGGCUGCCAGGCUCAAAUCGACGAGUGAUGGCAGCAGGGAGAAAAAAGAGUACAAGUGCAAGAGUUGUCACGAGAGGUUUGAGGUAGUGGUGGCACUGGCCAGGCAUGUCAGACUCAUGCAUACGCUGAAAAAAAAAAUGACUGGGGGAUUCAAGGAGAAAAAGGAGUCACUCGAGGACACGAGUAGGGCGACGAGGAGUUUGAGGAAAAGGGAAAAGGAGAAGAAAAUCGAGGGGAGGAGGAAGGAGAGGUUCGAGAAGGUCAGGAAAGUCAGGUCUUGGAGGAAUGCUGGCACCAGGAAAAUGAAUUGCAGGGAUUGUGGCAGGUGGUUUUCAAGUCUUGCUAUGAUGCUGGCACAUUCGCUGCAGCAUGCCACUAAGAAAAUUGUUUCAGAAAAAUCGAAAGUUCAAAGGUGUCGACGAUGUAAAAAAGUCUUCAGAUCUCGAUUCCUCUACAUUCGUCAUCUGCGUUCCCACAGCAGCCCAUCAACACUUCGGAAGAGACAAUCCAGCGUCAUCAGACAGUCAGUUGUGAAAACAACGAUGAAUAAACGAGGAAGGCCUCAGAAGUCGUGAUUAAAGGAUACAUGCGUACGAUAAAAUUAUAAGUUGAAUACGGUUCACAUUAGAGAGACAUUUAAAACUAUCAAAUAGUUUAUGCGAUAUACCGAGCACGGAGUAUUUGUACGGAGAAAUGAGAAAUCAAAAGAAAUUUACGUUCGAUAUUCUUCUGUAAUCAUUGCUCUAUUCAUUACACUUUUUUUUAAAUAGUU